GUCCCACGGUACCUGCUGGACUCUAGUUGUUGAACAUGUCCAUAUAGUAUCACCGGUAUUUCCAUCUUGCCGGCAUUUUCGAUUUGGUCAGAUCGCGCCCUCCGUCUGCGACUCCUUUUAAUUUAGGUAGUCCUGAACGUCACGCCCGAAAACCUGCCUGCCAUGUCAAACACGGCAACAAUUAGAGACCUCUCGUCAGGGGGAAACCUCCAGUCUGGAGGUGAGGCCGGCGGCACGGAUCUAGUGGCUCUAACGAGUACCAUCGGCACGUGGGUAGCAGCCGCCAUUGCCAUCUUUGCCCUCAUCGGCGUCGUCGGUCCGUAUCUUGCUCUUCAGGCCUCCCUCAGCGACCACAACCGGGCCAUGAACGCGGUCCAGGAUGAGCCAGAAAAGUACGUCUCGCGGGGGUUUCGACUAGCUAAGCGACUACGGAUAUUUCGCCGGAUUCGAGUCCCAGACCUGUCACCCGGCUAUAUCACCAACGAGAUAGACACGUCGCUACUGAUCUCGCUGGCUUCAGCAGGCCUCUGGACCCUACACAGAAGAGACUAUGUGCCCUGGAACACCGGCUGGGCCAAGUUGGCCGAGCUUAUCGAGGCUUAUCGGGUGCGCGACAUAGACACCAACCUGAAAGUCGAGAUGGAGAUUCCUCGAAGCGGCACUCUGGAGGUGGUCGAUAGCAGGACUGCACUUGUCGUUAGCAAGCAGUGGAUCAUGGUGCUGAGCCUGCUUGGCCGGUACGGGAAUCGUGCUGACAGGGGUGUCCUUCAGACGACGGGCAUACGGCGCGAUUUUCAGGGUGAAAAGGCUGCACUGAGCUACUUCAUCAGAGAACGUCACCCUCGAGAAAUCUCCGUCCUGAGCCGAGAGCCAGAGGGUCCCCCUGUCCCGUCAGAAAUCCAUAGUGACUCUGAAUCGGUUAGUUACUGUACCACAAACCUCGGAAACUCCGAUACCGACACCAGAGCCGAAGAGGAGCCACCUGUAGACGGUGGGCCGAUUUUCGAAAUACGGACUAUCUACGGGAUUACUGGGACAAUGAAAAAUCUAGGGCGAUACAAAGGGUCUUGGAACAACCUAACUAUGCUCUCGUUUGUGCCACAUACGGGAAGGGAGGUUUUUCAACCGGGGAUAGAGGAAAAGAGUGAUCGGUCCUCGCUGCGGACACAGUUUUGGCUGGCUCAUGGUUUCCUCCCAACGGACCGCAGCGCGGGCGGUACGGAGACUGUCAUAUCACUUGAGACCCCCACAUGUGGCUCUGAGUUCCCACCUCGGAUGAUCCGACAACGUCGGCAGAAACACGUAUAUUUCUGUCUGCAGGAGUGCGAUGAGUUGCCGAUGUCCAUCGGGAACUUCGCGAGGUGCCUCGGCAUUGCCAGCAUCAGAGUAUUGCAGUUUCUACCCCAGUCUCUAGACGGUCUGGAUGCGACCGAGCAUAUCGCCGAACACAAAGAUAUCCGAAGGAGAUUUAGAUACCGCACUGAGCUGCGAGUUAUCAAUGACCUAGCUCGGUACCGCUGUAGUAAGGGUGUGCCCUGGUAUUUCCCUAAGAAAGACCUCGAGACGAUGCUCGCUUCGUUCUUACGACUCGAAUGGGACCAUUGGGGAUAUCUUAUUCGCAAAUAUAGUUUCUGGACGUCGAUCCUGAAGCUGUCCACUCUCAUCCUGAGAAGAAACAGUGCUAAGAAAUUUCAAUUCCUCCAGCUUCUCGGUUGGACCUCAGAAGCGAAAGCGCAGAGGUGGAAAAUCGGGUCGAGUUUCCACGCGCAGAAGACCAUGGACUACACAGAAUACGACGAGCAGCUCUCGUCGUUACUUCGGCAGAAGAAAGUCUUGCCUCUUCGCGUUCCGCUUGGUACGCUCUUUAUACUCGACGAUUCUUUCAGGAAGAUGGUUGAGCGCUGCUGUAAAAAACUUGGAAGGAAAAUUCCAGACGAGGAGGUGGUUUAUAAGUCUGAAUCCGACUCUCUGUCAACGCAGGACGAAGGAUCCGUAAGUACCCCACAAGUACCCGUAACUAGUCGGGAAGAGUCCGUCAUUAGUCGGGAAGAAUCCAUAACCGGUCGGGAUAUACUCGCAUUUGAUCUGGAAGAACUCGGGAUUAAUCUGAAAGACGCUCGGGCGAUCCAUCCCGAGACGACGGCAGAAAGAGAAAGUGAGAAAGGGGAGCAGGCGGACGACAACACGGGAUUUCGAUACCACUACCAAACAGGGAGCCUCGAGCACGGAAGAAAGUCCUGGACCCUGAACCAAGAGUUGAUAAACGCUCCAGGCCGCGAGGAGGUAAUCGAUCUAGCGGAAGAGGAUAUGAUCCUCGUCGGACUUUGGGCGGCGAAUCGAUCGGCACUCUGGCUCAGCUCGCUGGACUCUAGGCCACUUCUGAAAUUUGUCGACGAUCUUGACCCGUACGUCUACGUGGUGUGACUGAUUCCCUUCGCUUGAGGGUCGCGAGCGCGUUCCAAUGACGUUUUGGAGGGAGGUUUGCAUUAUUUGAUCCCCUUUGUAGCAUUUUCUCGUCGGUGUGAGAUUCCGGAAGUUGGGGCGAUCGAAUCCAGUAGGGAGGCGACCAGCAACCUUAUGAGAGAGAGGAGUAAAAAAGCGAACAUGGUAAUAUUUCUGUUUUCAAUAACCCGCUAUUGAACGAAACGCAUAGAUAUGAUAUUGACACCAAACUUUCUUCUUGCGCUAUUCAACCCGUUUUGAGGAGACAUUGUUCCUGGCCUUGCUUAGAUGGUAUCAACGCCCUCUCCAGCCCCCGCGCUUCCUGAUAGGUAGAAAAUUGCAACUCCGAAUGGUAAUAUCUAAUUACUAGGACUUCUUCCCUCCUCGAUCUAGUACGGGAGGAGCUUGUGGUGCUUGAUCCUCGUCUAGGUUCCCGCCACACGCCACACCGACACGAUCCUCUCCUCCUUGCUAAAUAGCAUGAAGUCAGUGGGGCUAGACGGGAAGAGAGAGAGCGAGAUUGCCCCGACGGCGAGAGUGAUAGCGCCGAUACACUGCGCCACAGCCGUCAGUAACACAGACCGGAUUGGAAUCUCUUUUCAACCAAAAA